CUUUGCAAGAAGUUACUCUUCUUCUUUAUCCCCUUUGCUUUUCUCCCUCCCUCUUUAUUCCCCUCUUGAUCCCUUUGUUAUAUGUUCAUAAAAACAAUAUAUUUCUUUCACUUCUCUUUUGCUCUCAAACUUGAAGAAACCCCUCUUUACAAAAACAACAAAAACCCUAAUCUCUAGCUCUCUUUUGGUUUCAUUUUCACAUGAAAUUUUGAGUUAUACUAUAAGGAAAAAUAUGCCAUCUCCUCCUGAAUUGAGCCUUGAUUGUAAGCCUCAUAGCUAUUCUAUGUUGUUGAAAUCUUUUGUUUCAGAUCAUCAUCAAGUGGCAAUUACUAAUAAUAAUAAUCAUACUCAUCAAGAUCAUCAACAACAACAUCAUUCUUCAUCACAAAAUCAACAACUUGAAGAUUUGCUCUCUUGUCUUGAAGCUGAAAGACUCAAAAUUGAUGCUUUCAAACGUGAACUUCCUCUUUGCAUGCAACUUUUAACCAACGCUUUGGAGACAUCAAGACAACAACUACAAGGGUGCAGAUCAGUAAACAGCAAUAACAACAAUGAUGAAAAUGAUCAUCAAAAUAGUCAAAAACCAAUCCUUGAAGAGUUCAUUCCACUCAAACAAACAACCUCAGAAAGCUCAGAUCAAACCUUAUCAAAUAACAUUUCUGAUAAGGCAAAUUGGAUGACAUCAGCUCAACUUUGGAGCCAAACAAAUAGUAAUUCAACAAAUAUCAUUGAUGAAACAAAACCAAUUAAUCUUUCCUCUUCCAAACAACAACAACAACAACCCAUUGUUGAUCAUCAUCAUCAUCAUCAUCAUCACCAUCAAAUUGGAUUAAUCCCAAAGCUUCAAAGAAACAACAACAGCAAUCAAAACAACGGUGGAGCUUUUCUUCCAUUUUCAAAAGAUAGAAUUUUGCAUAAUUCUACUUCUUCUAAUUCUUCUCAUCUUCCCGAUUUGGCCCUCGCCGCCACGACCGCUGCCGAUUUUGGUGACAAUGAUGGGAAUAAGUGUGGGAAUUCAGAUCACCACCUGCCAGAAAAGGGUAAUUUGGUCACCGGAAAAGUGAAUUUGGGUGGUGAGGGACAAAUUAUUACAAAUAGUAAUACUACCAAUAAUAAUAAUUCGACUGUGGUGGUUAAUAAUAAUAAUAACACAACCAACUCUACAAAUCAGACUCACCGGAAAGCUAGACGGUGCUGGUCCCCGGAUUUGCACCGGCGGUUUGUCAAUGCUCUUCAAAUGCUUGGUGGUUCACAAGUUGCUACCCCAAAGCAAAUCAGGGAGUUGAUGAAGGUUGACGGUUUGACCAAUGAUGAGGUUAAAAGCCAUCUGCAGAAAUAUAGGCUGCACACAAGGCGACCAAGUCCAAGCCCACAAGCGGCCGGAGCUCCGGCGCCGCAGCUGGUAGUCGGCAUUUGGGUUCCACCGGAGUAUGCCACGGCAGCCGCCCACGGUGGAGCAGCGGCCCUAUACGGACCUCAUCCCACAACCUACUGUGCACCACCGGUGCACCAAGAUUUCUAUCCACCGCCACCACUGCCGCACCACCAGCUCCACCACCAGCACGCACUGCACCAGCAGCUACACAUGUACAAGGCAGCCGCCACUGCUCAGGCUCAUAGCUCCCCGGAAUCAGACGGCCGAGGAAACGGUGACCGAUCGGAGAGCAUCGAGGAUGGUGGGAAGUCGGAGAGCGGCAGCUGGAAGGUGGAGAGCGGCGGAGAAAAUAACGGCGGGACCGGAGAGAGAAAAGGGAACUUGGCGGCGCUCCGGCAAGAGACCGGAGAUGAGAGCAAUGGGAGUGAAAUUACACUCAAGUUCUAAGGUUAAUUAAGUAAUUAACUAUAUUGUGAUUAGAGGUUUAGACUAAUUAAUUUUAAGAGUUAGAUUUUAUAUAUUUAUAUAUAUAUAUAUAUCUUAGAGAGAGAGACUUUUUCUUUUCUAAUUUUCCUUUUUUCUUAUAAAUUGUAUGUCAUUUUAAUUUCUAAUUAAUUCUUAUUAACUUUUGAACCAAAAGAAUAUUUGAUGAUGGUGAAGAAAGUGUAAUGGGAGGGCAUAUAAUAUAAAAAUAAAAGUGCCCAAGUGUUUGUUUGUUUUUAUUUUUUUCCCCCUAAA